GCCUCCUCAGUCCACCUCAGUCAGUCGGGGGAAGAUGGCGUCUGCGGAUAAGCUCUCGAGACGCUAUGAUUCUCGGGACAAUUUUCACGGUUCAGACGGCGGGAAAUACGGCAAGGAGUCUAAAUACGAUGACCCGCCCCACUCCAGGCUGUUUAUUGUGUGCGGCAAGUCCAUCACGGAGGAGGAUUUCCGGGAGAGUUUCUCCAAGCACGGGACUAUUGAGGAGAUUUGGGUGGUGAAGGACAGGAACACGGAGGAGCCCAAAGGUGUGACGUAUAUAAAGUUCUCCAAAACAUCAGAGGCAGCAACAGCAAUGGAGGAAAUGAAUGGCCGGUGUAUUGGAGGCCACCCAAGACCCCUCAAGGUUCUCAUUGCACACAGCCGUGACCAAGGCUCUCGGCGAGACAUGAAUGAGGAGGAGCGACUGCUGCGGCUAUUUGUGGUGGUGCCCAAGUCCCUCACAGAGGCAGACCUGCGGGAACACUUUUCUCAGUUUGGUGAUAUUGACUAUGUCUCCAUUGUGCGUGACCGCAACACACGCGACAGCAAGGGUUUUGCCUAUGUUAAAUAUCACAGAAUGUCUCACGCGGCCAAGGCUUUUGAGGGCUGUGAACGCACAUUUAAGCCAGUGUUUGCAGAUCCCAAACCUCAGAAGAGCGAUGGUAUAAAGUUUGACGGGGGUGGCCGGGAUAUUCGAGGGGAGCUGAGGGGAAGUGAGGCGGGCUAUGGGAGCUACUCUUCAGGGCCCAUCACUCCUCACAUCAACAACCACCAUUCUCCUUUCGACGCUAUCUCAUUCAUGGACACAAGUGGGCUAAACCCCGAGGGUGUGACGCGGCUGACUGUUAUUGCCUCGCCCACCCUCAACCAGGACCAGCUCUGGAAGUUGUUUGACCUUAUCCCCGGUCUUGAUUACUGCGACCUGAGGAAAGACCACAAGUCUGGUCAGGCUCGAGGCGUUGCUACUGUGGUGUAUAACAAUAUCCAGUCUGCAACCUAUGCCAAGGAAAAGCUGCAUGGCUUUGAGUAUCCCCCCGGCCAAAGACUCAUCGUCAAGUUUGACUCCAGACACGACAUGCCCCCAGGUCCACCCCCCAUGAUGACAGGAGCCCCAGGAGGUCCCCCUUAUGCUGGGUUGCCCCGGGGUGUGUCAGGUGCCUUGGUUCCUCACAAUGGCACAAUGGGUAGCAGUCCUCCCAGUGCCCUUGCCACUGCUCCGCCAGCCCUAAGUGGUGGCCAGCCCAAUAGUAACAUACAACAGAAUUUGGCACAGCUGGCUGAAACCAUUGCCCAAGCCACCUCCCUCAUUCAGGCUGCAGGGCUCAGUCAAGGCCAGAGUACUGUCAACAACAUUGGUGGCAGCCCAGGUCAGAUAACCGGGGGUGAGACAUAUGAUCCUUCCUACUGCUCUGUCAAGUUACCACCACCACAGCCCCUUGCACCUGUGGACUCAGCAGUUGCUGAGAGGUUGUUCAUCGUGUGCCAUCCUUCACCACCUCCAAUAUAUGCACUGAAAGACGUUUUUGGUCGGUUUGGAAACCUGAUUGACAUCUAUAUGUUGAAUGGCAAGACCUUUGGUUAUGCUAAAUAUUCCUCCAAAGAAUCGGCAGACAAGGCCAUAGUGGUGUUGCAUGGGCAGGAGGUGCUCGGGUCCAGGCUGAAGGUGAUGGAGGCUGACCCCCAUGACAAGGCUGACUCAGGCCGAAAAAGACUUCGCAUCGACGACCAGAGUUGAGUCGGCUUUAGGCAGAGCAGCAGCGUGUUGACAUCGUGACUUCGCGGACCUUACCACGGACAGUUACGGACAGCCAACACAGCGACCUAAAACUACCCUAACCACUCCAUGGUCCAAUGAACCAAUCCCCCGUUACCUUAGACAACCACCAACAACAACUGUUAUGUUCCCAGAGACUCCCAACACUCGCGUACCAAACUAGCAAAGACGUACCUUCCUGAGGCAGCGCUGAACUUGUGACUACACACUGGCGACUGUAGCACACACGAGUGGUGAUGUGUAGGGAAUUACUUAUGCAUGACAAUAUUUUUUUUACCCUUUUCAUAAUUUUCCUUUUAAAAGUAGCUAAGAUAGUUACCAAACUGAGCAAAAUUUGUUUUAUAAUGGUAAGCCUUUUUGUGUGACUUAUAAAUAAAUGCUGUAUAGUAAUUUAAUGGUAGUGUAACCAUUUAAUAAAGAAUAAUGUUCAAAUUUCAGAUUGUGAGUGUAAUGUGUCAUAGCACUUUGGUAAUAUGUGUAUAGGAAGGCACAUUUUAUAUUUUGGAUAUUUGACAUGGUAUACACCCUUCAGUAUUAGUGUUUGAAGUAAUGUCCGUGCAUCUGUUGGUUUUCUAUAUUUGUUAAUUUUGCAGCUGUUACAGAGGCCACUAUUCUGAAUAGUUCUUGGAUCACAAGCUGUUGACAAGUAAAACUUUGUGCACUGCUUCCUACAACAGAAAGACCUCUGAAUGAUGCGACUGGGAUAAAAAAAAAAAAUUCUGCCUAUAACAUUUAGGCUUUCGUUUGUUCCACAGUAGGAUUUGCUGUUAGUAGCAGUUUCCAGUGGCCAUAUAGCAUAAUAUAAAACCUCAGUCUUCUAUGAACUGAGCCUGCUAUCCUUCCACUAACAGAUAGGAGAAUGGACACCUCAGUACAUCAUAGUCACUAUCCAGAUCUGCAUCACCCAAGAACAAUUCAGGUGUGAUUUUCCUGUUGAGCCUCACAUUCCAAUCCUAUCUGUUAAUAAUAGUUUCAAGUAGGAGACUUUAGAUGUUGAUGCUUCACGUGGCAGAAUGAUUACAGAGUAUGUAAAUAACAUUGGACUUGACUGAAUUAAUUUAUUUGAAAUACUUUAGUUUCAAGACAUUGGGUGCAUAGUAUGGGUGGAAUAUUUUGUUAAUUUGAAAAGUUUAAUUUGUUGAACGCUAUUGAGGUAACUUUUAAUUUCAUGAACAUGAUAAAAGAAAAAAACUGCCAUCAAACAGCAUCUGAUGGCAUAAUUCUGCAUGAUGCAAGAAAUUAAUAGUAAAUUUUUGGUUUGUUAUAUCAAUUAUUAAUGUUGGUUUCAUCAACAAUUCAUUUUUUGGCAGUAAUUUGACAAUGAUUAAAGAUUUAUAAUGUAUAAAUAGGUUAAGCAGCUCUCAGUAGUUGGAGAAAAGACUUUGUAAGACUUAGCAGACAGACUUCAGAACAGACAUCUGACAGCAGGCAAAUAGAACCCAAACAGAUACAGAACUUGAUGGGGUACAGAUGUGUGUGCCAGAUAAGUAUGGUAAACAUGUGUGAAGCUUCAUCAAGUGGGUCUGUUUUAUUUCAAAUUGAGAUGACCUGCCACCUCAUGUCAAGAGCCUGGUAGUGGUAGGUGUUCAUUGCAUUAUCAGCCAUUUAGAUUUCAGUGGUAAGGGUUCUGGCUUCCUGACCUAAUGGUAGACCCAACAGUAUGACUAGAGCAGUGUGCCUGAUGCCGACUGUGAUGGGACAAGAGGCAGUAUUAGUCUUUUGUUUCCAGCACAGCUGGUGUGACAGAAGUUGGCUCAGGCUGGAUCACCUGUACCUGUUUGGGAACUAAGUCAUUGUUUGAAUGUUCCAAUAAUAGGGCUGUAAGUCCUUGGAAAAUUAUUUAUGUAUAUAUUUAUUCACUUGGUGAGAAAGCCAGUAUUUAUUCUUGGCCACCAAAGGUGCACAAAUACAUAAAGUUAGUACAAUUGCAUUUCCAUGAAGCUGCAGAAUGUCCUUGUGUUCACUUGUCUUUGAGAAGAAUAUGUGAGAAAUUUUAUUUGCUCCAAGCUUGGUUGUGUGUUUGAUGCUGAUGUACAUAGUUGUUUUUACAGUGUCUUUGUUUUAAUACUUGAGUAUUGGCCAGCCAACAAAUAUGCAAUUACAAGUGUUAGUUGAUGUGUGUGUGGUAGGCUGAGUCAAACUACCAUUUCAUAUUUUUUUGGACAAUUCCACAUAUUUUCACAUAUACAGUAAGGCUUAUAUUUACAUAACAUGUAAAACAAACAAUAUAAGUAAUAAACAAUAUUACUUUGCCUAA